CGGGGUGGGCGCUGCGGGGGGGGGGGGGGGUGGGAGGCGCUCGGUGAAAAUCCGCCGGGUGAGGGGCAGGCGGCGGGCGGCACGGUGGGGCCGCGCUUCCGGCCGUGAGGCGAUCCGGAAGCGGAAGCGGCGGGCGGGCUGCCUGCCUGCCUGUCCGUCUGCCUGUCCGUCUGGCGGGCCGUCUGUCUGUCUGCCCGGCCGCCCCCGUAACGCUGGCGGUUUGUUCGCAGAGCCGGCCCUGGAAGGAGGAGAGAUGCGAGAGGAGGGAGAGUGAGAGGGACAUAAAAUGACAACUUAAAUCACUCAGGGCCUUUUAUCACCUGAAAACUGCCUAGAAGAUAAACGUCAGGUGUCUGGAGAAUAAAAAAAACCACAUUACAACUUAAUCUCUAAAUACCUGCGUAUCCAACCUUGAUUGUGCCUUCCAGAAACGCAGCCUCUACCUCACCGUGUACUUGCACGUGCUUUUGUCUGUGUGUUUAUGAUUAAAGUGAUGAUCCUGCAAAGAAGUAUAAGCCCAGCACGUUAAGUAUGCGGUUCUGUGAAAUACUCUGAGAGCUAAACUUCAGGUUCCUUGUCCCUUGUGAGUUCCCUGGUUCACUCGGUUGUUUAUUUGGUGUAUGUAAAUUUGUGGUCUGUACAUAGAAGGUGUUUUUGGUUUAUAUCAGGAGGGUACGUUGACAUCUGUCUGAUACUAGACUGGUGCGUAGGAAGAAGGUCCCAUCUCUGGCCUGUUUGUGGAAGCUGGGAUGAUGAAGGCACCGCAGUGGGAACACGCUGUGGUACAGGGUUGAAGCUCCAGCCCAUGUGUGAUAGUUAUAGAGCAAUUGGAAGGGUUACGAGCAGAGUUCUGGUAAAGUAAGUGUGAGCGGUGGUAAAGUGGGGGCUGUGGAUAGGGGUGCAUGUUUUCUGAAACAUCCUUCAGCCUAAAAGUGGGAUAGGGGAGGGACAUCUGCGGGUAUUAGGACAGUAGGUUGGUGCAAGGAUCUUCAUCUUUGUUUUCUCCCUUUGGAAGAUUGGCUUGCCAGUGAGAUUGCAUGAAAGCUUUGACUCUUACACCGUUUCUCCUUUUUCUCCACAUUCUUAUAACUUCAUUACACUUCAGUCUUUCAAGCUGAUUUUUUUGAGGCCUGACAUCUAUUCAAGCGUGAAGACUGCUGGGUGGGGAGACGGAUUCUAAGAAAGCUUAGUAAAAACAGAGUAGUCAUCUUUGGAGAAUUAAUACAAACCGUUUUGUUGGUGGUGGGUUUUUUGUGUGUUUUGAUUUUUUUUUUUAAAAAACAUUUUGCAAAGCAAAGUGAACAAAAGUUGGGUGCUUUGUCAAGUUCUGACGGGACAAGGUAGAAUCAGGAGGCCACUGAGUGCCCCAGCCUGUGCUAGUUUGAAUUUUACAGUUUGAAGAUGGAGUUGCCUUUCAUACUUUUUAAAUAAGAAAGUAGUUAUGAGGUUUUUGUUUAAAUUGUCAUCUUUCUGUUUUACUCCUAAGCUUUGCAGUUGAAUCCAAGGAAUCUGAGACUGGACGAUUACAAAGCUUAUUUGAAAAACAAGCGUGUGAUUAUUAUAUGAGACUUUGUUUUCGCGAAGUCAGGUUUGCUUAGGUUUGUCUUUAUUUUUUGAUGUGGAAGCUGGGCAAAUAGAGGCUUACUCAUUUAAAACAACAACAACAACCCCCUUGACAUCCCAAACAAAAAAAAAUCCCUCUUGAUUCAGGGGCUCAAUUGCUAAGGAAGGCCUUAUCUCUGUAUGUAUGCCCAUCCUGUGGAAGAAAACAGUCAUGUACUUAAGUGUUAGAUAUAUAGGGCCUUGUUGUGGGCAGAGUACUUAAUUAAUCUGGCUCAGAAAAGAAAUUAAAGGAAGCUAAGAUACCUGCCCCAUCGGAUUCUGAUUGAAUCACAGCAAUGUAAAUCCAGAGUAAUUCAGUCAGGCAGCAAGCAGUCUGAAUGCAUGCCACUGAUGCAAGGUAAAUAAUUCAUCCUUAAGUGGGUUUGUUGGUUGAUUUGUAGUGAGCAAGUGAGGCAGGAAUACUUGGCUUUGCUGUUGUGUGAGCAAUUCAUAAAAACAAAAUUAACAGGUAAUUUGGUUCAUUUAAAUACUGCUACUCUACAUAGAGGAAAACUGCCUUUGCAUUUUGGCUCACAUGCAGCAAUUCCUCAUGUAUUUAUUCUGUCCUAAUAUACUCCUGGAAAGUAAGGGUUUCGUGCUACUCGGGGCAUGCUCCUCAGCUUAUCUGAUGCUCGGGAUAGGCCCUUCAGAAACAAUAUUUACUCACUAAUUAGACUACUGCCACAUCACAACAGAAAUAGGACUGGUGCUGUUUGCAGAUAGCUGCAUGAGAAACCUGCAGUGUUUGUUUUCUCUAAGCAGCUUGCUCUGCCCUGCAUAGCGUUCGUUGAGCAGAGUUUUUAUCGCGUUUGUUGUACCCAUCAGUUUUGCCAUAUUUGUUAAGGAAUCGGCACCUCUUCUACUUCAGAAAAUACCGUUUUGUGAAUUUCUUGAGGUUUUCAGUAGCGUUUUCAGAGCGUUGCAAACUUUGAUUGCUAAUGAUACUGCACAGAGGAAUGAGAGGAUCAGAAUGGAAAGGACUGGUGAAUUAGGUUUCCUCAGCCAGGUGUUCCUAAGAGAUUAAGCCUCUGUCUUCAGACGGCUAUCUUCUGGUGUCUAACUGGUCUGUGGAGAGUUGAGAUAGAGCCACGGGCACCUGACUGGGGACGGAAUCCUACAGAACCUUGUCCCAAAGACAGAACUGAAGCGAGGAACAGAGAGCCCUUCUGUGAUCUCACUUGGAAGUACGGUAUCUCAGGAGCGGGGCAGUCAGGUUGUUUCCCCACUGUGCAGUCUGGUUGGAUGAAAGAGGAGGAUCUGGUCUGUCAGGAACAUUGAGCGACAUCUCCAAUCUUCUUCCAAGAGUCGGACUGGAGUGGUCAGAGCAGUGGGCAGUGGGAAGUCAGGAGCCCUAGGUCUUACUUCUUGGUCUGCUGUGGCUGUCUGUUACCUCGGGCAAGUCUGUUUCCCUCUCUCUGCCUGUCCUUCUUCCUGUGUAACAUAAUGCUAAUGUGCCCUUGCUGCAUCUGGGUUCUUAGUGAGCUGGGGUGGAGGGACAGGCAGGGUCCAAAACUUUCACUGCUUGUGGGGUCAGACUGUCUGUGACAGUGAAAAAUGUUUUUCAGCUGUGUUUGCCUGGAUGCAGAUGCACAGACUUCAUCAUUUAUGGCAUGUACUUGGGUAGAGGAUAAUUGGGGAAUCUUAGAGGUGUUUUGGGUCAGAUGUAGUCUUUUUUUGCAUGGAGGACUGGUGGGUAAGAGGCAUUUGAGGUGGACCCAAGCCUGUGGGAAUAGCAGACAUCUUUUUCUCUGAAAAAUAACAUGAUUUGGGCAGAUAGUUCAAAAGUGGGGAGCAGUUGCUUAAGUAAGAACGGGGAGAUUAAGGAACUGUCGCAGCAUCAGACUGAGUCAGUUCCCUGUUGGAGUCUUUUUGGGUUUAAUGUUCCUUUUGUGUAUGUGUGUGUGUGUGCGUCUGUCUGUCUUCCUUCUCCUCCAUUCCUCUUCCCUUCCCCCUUCCUCUUCCCCCCUGUGCCCAGCUAGGAUGGAAGAAUCUCAUUUCAACUCCUCCCCGUACUUCUGGCCAGCAGUGCCCACCGUCUCGGGACAGAUUGAGAACACCAUGUUCAUUAACAAGAUGAAGGAGCAGCUACUGCCCACAGAGAAGGGCUGCAGCCUGGCUCCCCCCCACUACCCCGCCUUGCUGACAGUACCCACCUCCGUGGCCCUACCCACUGGUAUCGCCAUGGACUCAGACACCAAGCCAGAGCAGCUGACACCACACAGCCAAGCCCCUGUGACUCAGAACAUCACCGUGGUGCCAGUGCAGUCUGCUGGGCUCAUGACGGCAGGUCCUGGUCUGGUGAUAACUUCCCCAUCAGGUUCCCUAGUGACCACAGCCACCUCUGCACAAACCUUUCCCAUCUCAGCUCCCAUGAUUGUCUCUGCGCUACCCCCUGGCUCCCAGGCAGCCCUCCAGGUGGUGCCUGACCUGUCCAAGAAGGGGACGACCACCCUCUCCGAAGGUGCUGGGGGUGGCGGGGGUGGGGGAGUUGCCCCCAAACCGCCUCGGGGCCGGAAGAAGAAACGAUUGCAGGAGUCGGGGCUGCCAGAGAUGAGCGACCCCUUUGUGCUGUCAAACGAGGAUGAUGAGGACCAGCACAAGGAUGGCAAGACAUACAGUUCCGUGAGCAGCGGAACUAAUGAAGCCUGGUUUCCAGCGGCUCUCUCCUGUGUGGAUUCUCUGAUGUCUAAUCAAGGGUGCCGGAUGUGUUCGCUGACCUUCUACUCCAAGUCGGAGAUGCAGAUCCACUCCAAGUCCCAUACGGAGACAAAGCCACACAAGUGUCCUCACUGCUCCAAGAGCUUCGCCAACAGCUCCUACCUGGCCCAGCACAUUCGCAUCCACUCAGGGGCCAAGCCCUACACGUGCAGCUACUGCCAGAAGGCCUUCCGCCAGCUCUCCCACCUGCAGCAGCACACACGGAUCCACUCCAAGCUCCACACGGCGAUUGUCAAGCCCCACAAGUGUCCUCACUGCUCCAAGAGCUUCGCCAACACAUCCUACCUGGCCCAGCACCUCCGCAUCCACUCGGGGGCCAAGCCCUACACCUGCCGCUACUGCCAGAAGGCCUUCCGCCAGCUCUCCCACCUGCAGCAGCACACACGUAUCCACACCGGGGACCGACCCUACAAAUGUGCUCACCCUGGGUGUGAAAAGGCUUUCACCCAGCUUUCCAACCUGCAGUCCCACAGACGGCAGCACAACAAAGACAAACCUUUCAAGUGCCACAACUGCCACCGUGCAUACACGGAUGCUGCCUCGUUGGAGGUGCACCUGGCUACGCACACGGUGAAACACGCCAAGGUCUAUACCUGCUCCAUCUGCAGCCGGGCCUAUACCUCGGAGACGUACCUGAUGAAGCACAUGCGGAAACACAACAUCCCUGACCCCCAGCAGCAGGUGGUUCAGGCCCAAGCCCAGGCCUCUCAGCAGCAGCAGCACUUCCAGCCGCAGGGGGGUGGGGCAGCAGGGGGCCCUUCUGGAGACACUAACCCACCCAACCCUCCCCCUCAGUGCUCCUUUGACCUGACUCCUUACAAGACUUCAGAGCAUCACAAGGACAUCUGCCUCACUGUCAGCACCAGCGCCAUCCAAGUGGAGCACCUCUCCAGCUCCUAGAGAGACCUCAACCCAGGGAGCAGAAAGCCUCUUGUGCAUAGCCUGCGCCCGGGGCACUGCUUGUGCAGCGGCCCUCCUCGUGCAACAGUCUCCGGCCUCUCCUCCUGCAACAGCCUCUUCUGGCCGUGUAACCCUGUUCAUGGCAGCCCCUUGAACAACAGCCUGUCUCAAGGGGGUGCUCCUUCUGUGCAACAGCCUGCCUGGUAGGAGGAUGCUUCCUUGUGCAAGAGCCCCCUUCCUGUGCUGGGAUCACUUCCUCAUGCAAGAGCCCCUCCUUUCAAACCCAAAGAAAGGCCCCUGUUCUGCCUUCUCUCUCACUGUAGGAUGUGCGUGAAGGGGGUGGGGAGGUGUUGAGACGUGCGUGGUGUGAUGGGAUGGAGAGAUGGUCCUUGUACAUUCAGGGGCUUGGACACGUUUUCAGCGGGCCACAGAAGAACGUGGCAGGGUUCACAGCUGGAUGGGUAUUUUUGAGGAUUUCCUUGAGUGUCUAAGAGAGAAAUAUCCAUUCCUGUCCCUCCUGCUUGUGAAAGGGAGGAGGGGUCGCUUGUCCUGCCCCAAGGACUGGAUGGGAGAAACCUUCUCCACAGCGGAAGGUGAAACCAGUGUGGGGGAGAGGUGAGGCUUGUUCUCUGGGCUGGACAGGUGUCUACACUGCCUGAGGGCUUUGGAGCGUUGCACUCUUUCUUCUCCCCUAGUGGAGAGCAAUAGAGAGGAGUCUGUCUGAAGUGGCUGCUGCCUCUCCCAGCUGUCUGAGCAGCAUCAUGGCCAAGGCCCUGUAGGAAUGUGGGUUCCUGCUCAUUGCUCUUCCUGCCCAUUGUGGAUGAUGUCCUAGCAGCUUGUACUUCUCCUCUCCCUCCUGCUUCCCCCCACCUCCUCAGAAAAGCCUGCAGGCAUCAAGAACAAACCAAAAAGCAAUGGAGGGGAGGGUAAGAGACUGCCAAAAUAAUCAUCACCCUUCUCUCUACUUCCUUUACUGAAAGGUGGAACAGCAGCAGUUCUGACUCUUACACACCUGUCCUGCCCCCAGUUUCCCAAAGGGAAGGAGGAGGAGGAGGAAUAGACCAGUCUUUUCAAGGAGCCGGCAGGUGUCAGGGAAAGGCUAGCUUCUCUGCUCACCUCCCAUCAGAGCGCUCUCCCAGGCUCCCUCUUGCCAAGACGGGCUGGACUCACAUGGCAGUGGUGGCCUCUUCUGGACCCUGAUCAUGGGAGAGAAUCCCCAAAAGGUGGACAGUGGAGAGAAAGGGAUGAAGAUCCCCACAGAGAGACCAAUCUAAUGAGAAGGGGGAGCCAAAAGAAUAAACUGAAGGCCCCUUGAAUUUAUAUAUAUAUAUAUAUAUAAAUAUCUAUUCCCCACCCCUGGCCCGCUCUGUCCUUGCUGUAACUGUUUCUAUCUCUGUGUUUAUAAAACGCAUUAUCCUGGCGAAUUUUUAUUUUCAAUCUUUGUUUGUUUUUCCCUCUCUCUUCGUCUUCAGAUCCCCCCCCCCCCCCUUUUUUUUUGGUCCACAUGACUACUAGUCUUGUGUGUCACUUCUUAGUUUCUUUGGAUCAUGGAGGCUGACUGGGAAGAGAAUGAGAAGGCAAGGGAAAAAGCAUGUGUUGCACUCAAAUCCUAUAGAAUCCCAGACUUAUGUAUGAACAACCAGUAGGGGCUUUUUUUUUUUUUAACCACCCUGUGUAGAAAUAAAUUGGUGUAAAAGGCUCCUUGAAGGUGCUGCUGCGAGCACCCUGCCCCUGUGACGUGUGUUCCUUCUCCACGCACCAAAACACUGCAUGAGCAUCUCGCUGCGGUGAGUCCUGAAUGGCUGUGUGAACGCGAGCAGUGCAUCCCUGCCUUUGGGCAGCCUUGUGGUUUGCACGAUGAAAGCGAGGAGCUCUGCACCUGUGUAGCCGUCGGCAGAGAACUGUUUCUCUGCGCUUAGUCAGCAGGGUUGGCUGCAAAUGGUUGGAUUGUUUUUUAGAUCCAUAGAUUAGGCUAGAAGAAGCCGUCUUACUCCUGCAUAUUACAGGUGACAUUUCAACCCAUUUAUCCUGUUCUGAGCCUCAGUAACUAAUACGCUUUUGAAGUACGUGUUCACAAAAUGGAUUGGCUUGAUUUUGAGGCAGAGGGACACAGCAAAUCCCUUCCAUUGGUAGCCUGCUGCAAGGGCUUUGUGUUCUUGCUUUAAAAUAUCUAAGCCUGAUUUCGCCUUUGGAUUUGUUUGGCUUUGGCUUCUAGUUACUAGUUCAGGUAUGUCCAUCCCACUGAUUCAGAGACCCUUAGAGCACAUUGGGGCUUUCUCCCCUGGUCUGGUGUUUAAACACUGUAAUACCACCUCUUAAUCUACUUCUUGACAAGCUAAACAGAUGGAACUCCUUCAGUCUUCCACUGUAAGGGAUUUCCUCCAGCCUGUGAAUUAUUCUUGUCGUUUAUUUCUACAUCUUGGCAAAUUCUUCAAUAUCUUGUAGACGUGUUCAUUUCAGAAUUAAGUGUUCAAGCCCCAUUGCCAUGGACAAGGUUGCCCUGCCCUUUGCCUUAAGUCUGCAGAGGAUUGCAUUUGCCCGUUUCUUGCAGCGUUUUACUGGAGCUCACAUUAGCUGCUUAUCUGGUGUGACUCCUAGAUCAUCUGAAGUCUCAGCUUUCCAUGAUAGUAUUUUUCCCCUUUCUGCAGGCGUGGUCUGAGUUCUUACUUCCUGGUUACUUAAUGUGAGUCUAUAUCAGAGUCUAUUGUGUGUGAACAGACCUAGCUUAACUGAUGGUCCAGGUUAUGCACCACUUUGUCAGUUUUGUCAACCACAAACUGUAUCAGUUGUUACUUUUUACUUUCUGAUCCAGGUUGAAAAUGCUAUAUUGCAUCUGACCUACACUAACUUGAAAAGCAUCAUUCAGUGCAACUUUUUAUUAGCUUCUUCUUGAGACUUGCAGGCUAGUAGUCAUUUCUUAAUCUUCUUAGUAUGUGAUUAUGUACAGUAAAUCUUUUUGACUUACGGUGCUAGGUCAAUGCCUUACAAAAAUUUAAGUAUGUUGCACCUAUGCAGUCCCCUUUGUUAAACCAAAUGUAUAAUGAUGUCUUCAAAGAAUGAAAUUAGGUUUUUUUUUCUUUUUUUCCUCUACAAAAUCUAUAUUCUGUAAACCUUUGGAUUAUAGGUUUUAUUCUUCAUUCAUUCAUUCUUCAUCUCAACAGCUCUUACGUUAUUUUGCCUCAGACUAAUUUUGACAUUGAAUCAUUUCAUUUGCCUUUUGGGAAUACUGUCAUUGAAUGUCUUACGGUAUUUCUCUGAUAUCCCAAGUUGAAUGAAAAUUAGAAUCAAUGGGCUAGAGAGCUUGUUAGUCAACUGGAAAGACUCCUGCUUGUUUGCUGACUUGAAAAUAUAUGUCCCCGGCAGAUGUUGUCUAACUUCCUACUUUGAUACUAAGGUACUGGAGAGAAGUUGCUAUUUUCGUACUACUGCCACAUUCUGUUUCUUUCUGAAUAUGGGAUUAGAAAUAUUUUGUUGACUGAUUGUCCUUGUUCUGUGUCACUAGCAAUUUAAUCAUUUUUAUUUAGCAUGGAUCAGUACUAUUAGUAAUAUUUGUUUACUUUUUAUUUUAAAAAAUUAAUGAAAGUUCCAAAAUCCAUAUUAUCUGUAGUUUUGCUAGCUGCAGAGCUUUCCUUACCAGUUUUCUCUAUUUAAUAAUACCUAAUUUAUGUCAGUUGCUGUCUGGCCUUCCUCUUUUCGAUGUGUUAUAUUUUGGCCUUUUCUCUCUCUUUUUAAAUUGUUUCUUCUUGCUCACAGACUUUCUCACUGAACCCAGGACAAGCUUUUACCCAGUUUCCCCCUCUUCCUUGAUUGUGGAAUUGGAGCUUUUUUGGCCAUAUAAUAAAUUUUUCUUAACAGUUUUCAUUCACAUUUUUCCGUUUUACAUUUUUUUCUUAUGGACAACUCAGUUUACAGUUUUGUUCACUUUGGAAAUUGGCUUUGUGAAGCACAGACUCUGGAUAGGUUUAUUACUGCUUGUGGCUCUCCUCCACAUGCCCAUAUUCAGCAGGAACAGGACAAAACUGCCUGUUUCCGCUCAUGUUAUUAUCUUGUCUUGUAUGCAUCACCUCGAAGUCUGAAAAAUUGACCUGUUUUGGGUGCAGUGUCUUGUAUUAAGAAAACUAGUUUUGAAAAUUGGAAGUAUAUUUUGCUGACUGGCUGGAUUUCUUGGGGAGUGUCUUGCAAGUUACAGUUCCUUGCAGUGUUUUGUUUUUUUUUUUUAACAUGUUAAAGGUGCUUGAAA